AUGGCUAGGUACGAAGAUUCCUCCACAUUGGUAGCCCAAGGUGUUGAUGCAGACUUUGACAGAGACUGCUUGGCUGCACCUGGUACCACUGUGGCUGAUGGUACUCCUGCCGCUGUGGGCAACCCGAACAAGAACAAGACAUGCUAUAAGUGUCAGCAAGAGGGACAUAUUGCCCGGGACUGUCCUGAGACUGCUGAAUAUGUCGCCUGA